ACCUUCUUCUUAUUGACCACUCUGACCAAUCAUUUCCAUAUAUACACAAAAGCACAAAACUCAAAUCCAAACCAUUAAGAUACUUUUUUAUUACAAACCAAAGAAUAAUGAUUUCCUCAGUUCCCCUAUUUGCUUCUCUUGCACCGUACAUAGUCUCAGUAUUGCUUCUAUACCUUCUACUCGAGCAACUCUCUUACCUUGUCAAGAAACGUAACCUCCCUGGCCCUCUCUUCGUCACUCCGAUCAUUGGAAACGUCACUGCACUCCUCCCUGACCCGACUUCCUUCUGGAACAAGCAAUCCGAAAUGGCAAACACUUCUGUUGGCCUCUCCGACAACUACCUCAUUGGAAAGUUCAUCAUCUACAUUAAAGACGCAGAGCUUUCCAAUCAAAUCUUCUCCAACAUUCGUCCGGACGCGUUCCAACUUAUUGGUCAUCCAUUCGGCAAGAAGAUCUUCGGUGAACACAGCCUUAUCUUUAUGUUUAGUGACGAUCAUAAAUCCGUUCGUCGUCUGGUCGCUCCUAACUUCACCCGUAAGCCACUAUCAGUCUACUCUUCCCUCGAGCAAAAAGUUAUCCUCCGUCAUUUGCGUAAAUGGGAGGUAAAUUUUUCCCGUGAAUCUCGGCUGGUUUCUAUGCGACAACUCAUCCGUGAACUUAAUUUAGAGACUUCCCAAACGAUUUUUGUCGGACCAUACCUAGACGAGGAAGUCAAGCAUACGAUUUGUACUGAUUACAAUCUGUUCAAUCAAGGAACAAUGGCGCUCCCGAUCGACCUCCCUGGCUUCACGUUCGGCGAGGCUCGUCGGGCGAUAUCGAGGCUAACGAAAACGCUUGCUAUUUGCGUGGGAAAAUCAAAAUUAAAGAUGGCCGCAGGAGAGAAUCCAACAUGUCUAAUAGAUUUCUGGACGCAUUCGAUUAUUGCGGAGAAUGCGCCACCGCCUCACUCUAAAGAUGAAGAGAUCAGUUGUACGCUCGUUGAUUUUUUGUUUGCCGCACAGGACACCUCCACAUCAUCACUUCUCUGGGCAGUGGUGCUUCUUGAGUCGGAGCCAGAAGUGCUAAGAAGAGUCAGGGAGGAAGUCGCAAGGCUUUGGUCGCCUGCCUCCAACGCGUUGAUCACAGACGAUCAUCUCGCGGAGAUGAAAUACACGCGGUCUGUGGCGUGUGAGGUCCUAAGAUACCGACCACCAGCAAGUAUGGUUCCACACGUUGCUCUUAGUGACUUCCCUCUUACGAAAUCGUACACAUUCCCUAAAGGUACAAUUGUUUUUCCUUCUGUUUUUGACGCCUCGUUUCAAGGUUUUUCUGAACCAGACCGGUUCGACCCUGAACGGUAUAGCGAGACAAGACAAGAGGAUCAAGUGUUCAAAAGCAAUUUCCUAAUUUUUGGAUCGGGUUCACACCAGUGUGUGGGCCAGCGUUACGCGCUGAACCACCUCGUGCUCUUCAUUGCCAUGUUCACGUCAGUGUUUGAUUUCAAGAGGGUCCGGUCAGAUGGCUGUGAUGAUAUUGUGCAUUGCCCAACGAUGUCACCCAAGGACGGUUGCAUGGUGUUCUUGUCUAGCCGCGCCGGUGCCUCUCCUUGAAUUGAUUUGGUAAAAGUCAUGUUAAUUGUAUAUUUUAUCACUUUUCAUUAUGUGCCCUAAGUGCUAUUGAAUUUGAGAGGAGAUUUCAUUGUUUUGCCAUAUCUUCACCAUGUUUGAGUUGUUGUUUUCCUCUUUUCCCCCAAUGAUGUUACUUAACUUGUGUCAUAUGUAUUUAUUUGUAUUUUGCGUCUUUAACUAAUAAAUAAAAAAAUUUCACCA